AUGAGGUACUCGGGGGCGGGGCGGGGCGGCUGCGGCGGCGGCGGUGGCGGCCGGGGAGGGUCAGUUGGAGGCAGGCGCUCGCUGAGGCAGGAGGAGGCGCUCGGCCCGCGGCCUGACAGGGACUUAGCCCGCAGAGAUCGACCCCGCGCGCGCGACCCCACACCCACCCACUCAUCCACCUAUCCACUCCCUGCGCCGCCUCCUCCCACCCUGAGCAGAGCCGCCGAGGAUGAUAAACACCCAGGACAGGACGAGAAGCUCACUGUGACCCAGGACCUCCCUGUGAAUGAUGGAAAACCUCACAUCGUCCACUUCCAGUAUGAGGUCACCGAGGUGAAGGUCUCUUCUUGGGAUGCAGUCCUGUCCAGCCAGAGCCUGUUUGUAGAAAUCCCAGAUGGAUUAUUAGCUGACGGGAGCAAAGAAGGAUUGUUAGCACUGCUAGAGUUUGCUGAAGAGAAGAUGAAAGUGAACUAUGUCUUCAUCUGCUUCAGGAAGGGCCGAGAAGACAGAGCUCCACUCCUGAAGACCUUCAGCUUCUUGGGUUUUGAGAUUGUACGUCCAGGCCAUCCCUGUGUCCCAUCUCGGCCAGAUGUGAUGUUCAUGGUUUAUCCCCUGGACCAGAACUUGUCCGAUGAGGACUAAUAGUCAUAGAGGAUGCUUUACCCAAGAGCCACAGUGGGGGAAGAGGGGAAGUUAGGCAGCCCUGGGACAGACGAGAGGGCUCCUCGCUGUCUAGGGAAGGACACUGAGGGGCUCAGGGUGAGGGUUGCCUAUUGUGUUCUCGGAGUUGACUCGUUGAAAUUCUUUUCCAUAAAGAACAGUAUAAACAUUAUUCACAUGUAAUCACCAAUAGUAAAUGAAGAUGUUUAUGAACUGGCAUUAGAAGCUUUCUAAACUGCGCUGUGUGAUGUGUUCUGUCUAGCCUAGGGGAGGACAUUGCCUAGAUGGGGAGGGACUGUCUGGGUUCAGGGGCAUGGCCUGGAGGGCUGGUGGGCAGCACUGUCAGGCUCAGGUUUCCCUGCUGUUGGCUUUCUGUUUUGGUUAUUAAGACUUGUGUAUUUUCUUUCUUUGCUUCCUGUCACCCCAGGGGCUCCUGAGUAUAGGCUUUUCAGUCCCUGGGCAGUGUCCUGGAGUUGUUUUUUGACACUCUUACCUGGGCUUCUCUGUGUGCAUUUGUGUCUGGCCUGGAGUAAGCAGGUCCGACCCCUCCCUCUUUACAGCUUAGUGUUAUUCUGGCAUUUGGUUAAGCUGGCUUAAUCUGUUUAAUGUUAUCAGUACAUUUUAAAUAGGGGCAUUGAAAUUUACUCCCACCACCAGGGCUUUUUUGGGGGAUGCCUGGGCCUUAAAAACACUAGCCAAACUCUAAUUCUCAAAUCACUGCCAGGAGUUCUUGCUCCUGGCUGCAGGCCCAGGCCCCAAGGUCUCCUUCUUGGGGUCACAAAGAAAGAGCAGUAAGGAAGAGGAAUAUAUAGCAACUCAGGGCCUGGGAAUUGUGGGGCAAUCUGUUCUUAGGGACUGGAUGCUUCUGGCUGGCUGAGUAUAGUACUAGCUACUUCCCCACCAGGUUCUGAGUAGUGUCUGAGACCCUGUUCUGCAGGGCCUAGGGUAGCGCUGGGAGUGUAGAAAUGGCCUGCCCUUAACUGUUUUCACUAAACAGCUUUUUCUAAGGGGAGAGGAAGGGGGAAAGAUCUAGAUUGGGUGAGGGGGACGGGGAUGUCAGGGAGGCAAGUGUGUUGUGUUACUGUGUCAAUAAACUGAUUUAAAGUU